AUGGCGGAUGUAGGAGACGAUGAAACUCGGUCGACUCUCCCUUCGGCAUCCCGUAACGGUCCUGUUGUCGGUUCGUCUGCGGGCACCGCGGGCCAGAACGCAGCUAGCAUAAUGGUAACGUCAGGUCCGCGGACGGUGAGAAUCGUCAAGUCGGAGUCUGGCUACGGUUUCAACGUUCGCGGUCAAGUUAGCGAAGGAGGACAGCUUCGGAGCAUCAACGGGGAACUGUACGCUCCUCUUCAGCAUGUCAGCGCUGUUUUGCCUGGAGGUGCGGCAGACCGAGCUGGAAUAGCAAAGGGUGACAGGAUCCUGGAGGUUAAUGGGGUGAGUGUGGAAGGUGCAACCCAUAAGCAGGUGGUGGACCUGAUUCGUGCAGGGGAGAAGGAGCUGGUUCUGGCUGUGCUGUCUGUUCCAGCUCAGGAGGCUGAUGGAUUGGAAGGAGGAGAAGAUGUCCAACCCAACUAUGACUACAGUGACAAACAAGCAGUGCCCAUUUCCAUUCCCACAUACAAACAUGUAGAGCAGCACUCCGAGAGGUUUGUGGUGUACAACGUGUACAUGUCUGGUAGACAGCUGUGCUCAAAGCGCUACCGGGAGUUUGCCAUCCUGCACCAGAACCUAAAGAGGGAGUUUUCCAACUUCAACUUCCCAAAGCUUCCUGGUAAAUGGCCCUUCUCCCUGUCUGAACAGCAGCUGGAUGCUCGCCGUAGAGGACUGGAGGAAUAUCUUGAGCGAGUUUGCUCUGUGCGGGUGAUUGGGGAAAGUGACAUCGUGCAGGAGUUUCUCUCUGAAUCAGAUGAGAACUACAAUGGAGUGACAGAUGUAGAACUGCGGAUAGCCCUGCCAGACAAGACCACCAUCUCUGUCAGAGUCCGCAAGAACAGCACCACAGACCAGGUGUACCAGGCAUUAGUGAUAAAGGUUGGAAUGGACAGUAUUAUGGCGAGCUACUUUGCCCUUUUUGAAGUCAUCAACCACUCGUUCGUGCGGAAGCUGGCGCCUAAUGAGUUUCCACACAAGCUUUACGUGCAGAAUUACACCUCGGCAGUGCCGGGGACAUGCUUGGCGCUCCGCAAAUGGUUGUUCAGCUUCCAGGAGGAGGAGUUGCUAAGAGACAACCCGCUGGCCCUGCAUUACUGCUUUCACCAGGCGUUGGAAGAUGUGAAGAAGGGAUUCAUAAAAACAGAGGACAAAUCCUACCAGCUGCAGAAGCUGGCAGAGCAGCGCAAGAUGGCCACGUACCUGAGUCUGUUGCGGACAUGUGAAGGCUACAAUGAGGUGGCGUUCCCCCACUGCUCCUGUGACUCCAGGAGGAAGGGACAUGUUAUCACAGCUAUCAGCAUCCAUCACUUCAAGCUGCACGCUUGUACCGAGGACGGAACGCUGGAGAACCAGGUGAUAGCUUUUGAGUGGGCGGAGAUGCAGCGCUGGGACACUGAUGAGGAAGGGAUGGCUUUCUGCUUUGAAUACGCCAGAGGAGAGAAGAAACCUCGCUGGGUCAAGAUCUUCACUCCAUAUUUUAACUACAUGCAUGAGUGUUUUGAGCGGGUCUUUUGUGAGCUGAAGUGGAGGAAACAGGUUGAGGAAGAGGCAUCUGACAAAGACAACAAAAACUGCAGUAACAAUGAGUAUCUGCCUCCCCUGGAGACACAGCAGAAGGGAUGGCGCCACCUAGGGGGGGAGAUUGCAACUUCCUAAAAUCAUUUGUCAUCACUCGAACUAGAACUGGUCCACUUGCAUCAUCACAGCUACCCCACAGAGCGCCCAUCAACAAACACAAGACUGAGUGAAAGACUGGGGCCAUCCAUGCCCCGAAAACAAACUGGAAGUGACCAAUUUGGGAAAUUGGAAUGGCCACACUUAACCGACCCCAGGAAUACACACAGCAAGAAGAGCAAUGAAGGAAAAUAAACAAAAGCCAACUUUCAUGUCAUUUACUAGAUCUCCAUAGCGUGUCUGUUGUUGUCCGCCAUGCAUCCGCCCUGGUAUGUGGGGCAGGACAUGAGCAAAUUUCUCGCCACUGGUUGAGAUGUAACACAUACAUACAGUGUGUGACUCGUCAGGGUCACCACAGCGCUGUGGCACCAUUUGCACAAAGGGAGCAACUCGAUAAACCGCCCCUUGAUGAGGGAGCUGACAUGUGGGACAGGAUUGUCCAACUGGAUCGGCUCGGUCCAAAGCCUUGAGCGUAGCCCUCCUUUGCUGGAAGGAGCUGAGAUGGUGGAGAUGAAAAUAAGGGAGGGAUACAGAAAAACGGGGGUUUCACUUCUUUAACAGUUAGUGAUAAAGAAAGAAAGCUAAAUCAUGCUUUACACCGAUGAUUGACAUUAACACAAAAAUUAUGUUUUCUAUUUGUAAAGUAAGAAGUAUUCUGUCUUUGUCAGAAAACAUAGGCGACACAAAUGUAACUAACUGAAAAAGGAUGUGGGGGGAUGGUUCAUAAUUAAGUGUCUAACAAUCUUACUUCUGAUCAAAUAUAGAUUAAUAUAAGAGCUAUAAUAAUUGGUUUCUUGAUCUAACACAAGGAAACACUAACUGAAUUGAAUAUAAAUGGUUCUAAAAUUU